AUGGCUGUUCAGCAGGUGGCGACUCUUCUUCCUACCGAACCUCCCAGGCUGGCCAGGGACGUAACCGAGGGCAGUCUCGACGACGUCCAGCCAUGGAGCGAGCCUCGCUUCAUCGCGCAGUCCCCGUACACUGAGCUUGCGCACCAGCUGGAUCUGACCACGCUUGACUAUGAGAAUGCGCUGCUGGCCAAGGCGCUGAGCACUCUCAACGCAACUCACGAGGAUUACGCCGUCGCGUCGUACAACGAGUCGUUUAACUGGGCAGAGGUCAAGGCCCGUCUCCAAGCGCUCGUGAGCAUAUACGGCCAGCGGUACCAGGAUGCAACUUUUUACAUUGUCGCAUUCCGCUCGCAAAUCAAGCCCAGUACCGAUUACAGCCACCUGGGCGAACUCGACAAGGCAGCCCAUCUCGAAGCUAUCGAAAGCGGCGGAUUUCUCAAGUAUUGGUUCGGCUCCCCGGAUUCGGAGCUGCGUAACUUGGCCACAUGUCUUUGGCGUUCCAAGGAAGAUGCAUUCGCUGGAGGGCGUGGGCCCGCACACAGAAGGGCGGCCAUGUCUACCCGGUCGUUGUAUGCGUACUGGAAAAUCGACCAGCACCGUCUCACCAUCCGCAACAACGCUGAGGACUGGGAGAUUGUUCCUUGGACGGACGACGCUUGA